GGUUAGGAAAUGCUGCCAUCAUUGAAGCAGGUCCUCUGCAAUACUUAGGUAAUUGUAAUUGUAAUUGUAAUUACCUAUUAUUGUAUAACCAGUUCAUCUUACUAUGUAGUUAAUAAAUAAAAACGUAUUUAGGCAACCGAGGUAUGAGACAAAAGUCAUUUGCACGCCGGCCAGGAGGGAUCUUGGGUAUUUCGGACAGUUUUGACUGUAAACAUCGACCUUACUAACAGCCCCUGAGGUAAAGUCAACGAUAGAAAAGAGGCUGAACUGGAUUGGACUGGACCACUAGACCUCGAUACUUUGUCGAACUCGGGUUCUAUCCAUCUGAAUACCUCCCUAUGUAAAAUUACAUCGGCGCCAUCUUGUGUUUCCCGUACCUCAAAACCAUCCAUUACAAACAACUCUCACUAGCUACCCACCUACCUACUUACUGGCUUGGUACCUAUUCAAGAUAGAUGCACGUCGCGGCUCGCAGAACAUUAGCGACUAUGGCAACCUCCUCGCGGAUGAGGUCGUGGUUCCCAACCACUUCAUACCCGCUGGUCGUCAGUGCUCCGAUGGACUUUGUCACGAACCCGAAGCUCGCGACUGAGGUAACUAAGGCGGGAGGGUUGGGAUUCAUCCAAGGAGGCCGAGACUUCACCCCCUCGUCCCCGGUCCUCCGAAAACUAGACGACCAGCUCACGCAGGCGCGCGAGCUCCUCCUCGGGUCCAACCCGGAAAACAGCGGCAGUGACAGACCCCUCCCCAUCGGCGUCGCCUUCGUCAUGUACGCGCCCUCCGCGGCGCACUUCGCCGACACCACACUGCCCAUCCUGCUGAAGCACCGGCCCGCUGCCAUCUGGCUCUUCGCGCCGGCGCCCAGUGCUCCGGACACGCUUCCUAACACUCUCAAAGCACUAAGACUGGGGUUCAAGUCGUCAUCAUCGUCGGAGGAGGAGUGGACCCCCAAGCUCGUCGUGCAAGUCGGCUCUGUCGCCGCCGCGCUCGGGGCCGCGCAGCACGGCGCCGACGUCGUGGUGGCGCAGGGCGUGGAUGCGGGCGGGCAUCAGAGCGCUGUUGGUGCCGGGAUCGUGAGUUUGGUGCCGGAGAUCGUGGAUGCGUUGGCGGGGAGGGAGGUCGCGGUGUGGGCUGCGGGGGGCAUUGUGGAUGGGAGGGGGGUUGCGGCGGCGUUGGCGUUGGGGGCGGAGGGGGCGGUGUUGGGGACGCGGUACAUGGUGGCUGUUGAGUCCGACGCGCAGGACUUCAAGAGGAAGGCGAUUCUCUCCACUGCAGAUGGGGGUGUGAACACGGUGAAAUCGCAACUCCACGACCACAUCCAAGGCAACACAAGCUGGCCCUCCGUCUACGACGGCCGUGCGAUCGUUACUCCCACGUACCGGGACCAGCUAGCCGGCGUCCCGCUCGACGAAAACACCAAACGGUUCAAUGCCGCCAAGGAGAAUGGCGAUGUGUCUAGGAUGGUCACCUGGUCUGGAACAGGUGUUGGGCUUAUCAAGGACGAGCUCCCCGCGGCGGAGAUCACGAGGAAGGUGAGGGAGGGUGCGCUGAAGGUUAUGGCGGGUCUCAAGAGUGCUCUGUAGAUAUGUGGGAAUGAGAGGGUGGGUGGGCGUAUGAACAUGCCAUGCUAUCACAAGUCCCUUAUAGA